CAUCUUGACCAACAAGCGCCUCGAGGUCAUUGACAAGGAAAAAAAUGUCGACGAGUGUUUGGAGUGAGGGAGCAGUGAAAUGAAAGAGAGAGGCACUUAAAUAGAGGGCGCUCAGCUCGAGCGGCAGGCCACCUUGCUCGGCUCCCACCUCCUCCGAGCUUCCAUUUCCGGCGGCCGGAACCAGAUGGCGCCGGCGGCCUGAUUCCGGCGUGAGAAGAAAGGAGGGGUGGUGGAGACAGCGAAGCGAUAAUGGGGGAGGCGGAGGAGGACGGCUCGGCCGGCUGCUCCUUCUCCCUCAUGUGCCUGGAGGACGGCGCUGACCUCGGCGGCGGCCUCACCGGCAGCGCCGAUGACGGGAAGCUGCUCCUGCUGUGCAGCGAAGCUGAGGAAGAGGAGGACGAGGAGUACAUGGACCACCUCGUGUCCAAGGAGAGCAAAUUCUGCUGCUCGCCUUCCUCGUCCGCGUCGUCCUCCCCUGCAGCCUUCUCCGACUUCUCCGACGCCGGCGCCGAGUCGUCGCCGUCGCCGAUGCCCUCCUCCGAGGACUGGUUCCGGUGCGCGCGCCGGGACACCGUCAAGUGGAUCAUCGAGACUCGAGCUUGCUUCGGCUUCUCCCACCGCACGGCGUACCUGGCCGUCGCCUACUUCGACCGCUUCUGCCUCCACCGGUGCUUCGACAGGUCGGUGAUGCCGUGGGCGGCGCGGCUCCUGGCGGUGGCGUGCGUGUCGCUGGCGGCGAAGAUGGAGGAGUACCGCGCGCCGGCGCUGUCGGAGUUCCGCGCCGACGACGAGUACGACUUCAGCUGCGCCUCCAUCCGGCGCAUGGAGCUGCUCGUGCUGUCCACGCUGGGGUGGCGCAUGGGCGGCGUCACCCCCUUCGACUACCUCCCCUGCCUCUCCUCCAGGCUACGCCGUGGCAGCGGCGGCGGCGGUCUCGCCGCCGCCAAGGCCGCCGCCCUCAUCUUUACAACCGCCGAAGCUGCGAGCGUGCUCGACUACCGGCCGUCCACCGUGGCCGUCGCCGCCGUCCUGGCGGCGCUCCAUGGCGCUCUGUCAAAGGAAGCGCUGGAGUCGAAGAUGACCGGCCUCUCUCCAUCCUGCCUGCUCGACAAGGAGGACGUGCACGCCUGCCACAGCCUGAUGCUGAGCGCGAGCGCGAGCGAGAUCCCGCCGGCGGCGACCGGCGAGGCGGCCAAGAGGCCGCCGCCGCCGCCAUCCAGCCCCUGCUCGACCGGCGCCGGCAGCUCAUACGAGUCCGUGUCCGCCGACGCGGGCUCCCCGUUCGCGGCCGCUGCGAGGAGCAGCAACAAGAGGGCGCGGCUGCUCGAGCUGCCGGGCGUCGACCGGUGAGGAGCGCCGCCGGGACGCGCACGUUUUUGUCAGUCGUCCUACAGUGGCCACCGCCGCAGCUCCGAUCGACGCGGCUAAUCUUCUUCCCGGAUCGUAGUGUGUUUCCUUCAGUUCUUUGAUCGCCGGUGGGCGAUGGCACUGCCAAAUGAUUGGCAGCGCCGCUCGCCGUGUUGGAUUGCCGAUGGAGGGCUUGGCUUGGUUCUUGUGUGAGAUUGAUGAGGUCGCGCGAGAGCGAGAGGAUGAAGAAAACAAGAAGAAAAAGACAAAAAAAAGAGUGAGGAAAGUGGCGAUGGCUGGGCUUGAGCUCCUUUUCCUAAGGAUAGGGAUAGGGGAGGAGAUGUCAAGAAAAUCUCGAAUGUGUGGGCACAGAAAGCAGCAGCAGCAGGAGCACUGGAGCAGCGCAAGGCUGUUGGACUUUCGCUGCUGCAGGCUGCAGAGCUGUGCACGCUGCGCUCCACCUCCCUGAUCGGAAGUAGGCCCGGUCGCCAUUCCACCGGGCACUGGCUCAUCGACGAUCUCCAAGGCCGGUGGCAAUGGCGUCGCGAUCGAGCGAGCGCCGUGGCCCAUGGCCUGCCGAAAGCGGAUUUGUACGCGAGGCGGUGACCGGGGGUGGUUCCUCGCAGUCGCAGGGUUGUCCAAGCCCCAUCUUUUAGCACGUUGCUACUGGCCUACUGCUGCUGCAGGCAGAGAGCCUUUGGAUCGUGUUUCUAUGGCCGUGUUUGGUUUUGUCAGA